AUGGCGAAAGUGAAAUUAGAAACGGAACGGUUCGUUUCUUUCAACGUCUUAACGAUAUUAUAGGGCGAAAGGCAUGCAACUUGCGAACGGAAGAAGCAAUUUCUUUCCAAGCUUCUGGAAAGAGUCCCAUUGUCCCUUGUUGCCCAUAGCGUUAACCUAGCGUUAACCGUUGUUAUACCUACGCUUCUUUCUGACCUGCUGCUGCUGCUGCUGCUUGAUUUUAUAGAGGCGAAGCUACACCGCAAGGCCACAGUGUCCCAGAUGGUGCUGCUAUUCUCGAAGCUGCAGGCCUUCAUCGUCAAAAAUCUACCGCAAACAGGCCUGUUCCCGUGCAAUCCGCCAAUUACGCCGGAAAUUUAUGCCAACGUUACCUACAAUGUGCUGAUGCUAAUCGAGAUGCUGUUGCUCUGUUACGCGGCAAGGUACGUUUAUUACGUGGAUGUGGAAAGGGAGGAAGAAACGGCGGCGGUCGUCGUCGAGGCGACAGAUCGGCCGAAAGACAAGACGACGGAACGAGCCAGCUCCGCCACGAAUAG